CCGAGGGGUAGCGUGCGACCAGAUGAAACUACCAGCACCAGCACGCUAGAGCAAGGUUCCAGUUUGUGUUCGGCUCGCGUUUAUAAGUGGCUGUUUCUUAUUGUGCUGGUUCGAAAGUUGGAAGAACGAACACGGGGAAGAGGGAGAGGCGCCCUUACAACCUAGCAGCGGAGAAAUCGUAAAUUUAAGUUCACGCGCAGUUCCAAAGUUCCGAAACGGCGGUAUUCCCUCUCGCAAACGCAGCCGGUUUACAGAAGCUUCUAUGGUGUAAGAUGCCAUCGGAUUGUCUCACAAUGAUUGAAGUGUCCAUCCCGUCGUUGGAGAGGGAAGUGGACGAAUCGGGAAAGUUACGGAAACUCUUCAGAGUGGAGAUACUGUUCAACGGCAGAAAACAUUUUGUGUUGCGGCGUCACACUGAAUUCCAGAAUCUUCACAGAAAGCUGAAAAAGCUUGUGCAGACCCCUGAUUUUCCCAGCAAGCGUAACCCUCACCUGAGACAGAAGCCCCUGGAGCAGAGGAGGCAGGAGCUGGAGGAGUAUAUACAGGAUGUUCUGUAUCAAAAUGAAGAGGUUCCUCAAGAAAUGCUGGACUUUCUGCAGGUCAAGCAUUUCCAUUCAGUGAACAAGAUCUGCAAUUUUGAAUCACUCAGCAACACCCAGUCAAAGGACUUUAGUACCCAGCUGUCACACCAGCGCGUUGUGGGUUUCUCCAAGGACCCUUACACCUUGGACUCCACCUCAGGUCUGCCAGAUAUCGUGGUGGAUGGUGUCCUCCAGGGCCUGUAUCCCAGGGACAUCCGGGUCAGCUUCACUGCUUGCACCAAACCUGACGAAGGUCCAUUGGUCUCGACCCCCAGGAUUGUGGAUGAGGGUGGCCAGGAAAAACAGCCCCAGACUCUGAGGAACUGAUUCCGGAGUGUGGAGGCGGUAGGGAAGAGAGCCAUCAGCUUUCUCUAAGGAUUGGACUGGAACGUUUAUACCCUCUGCAGAGUUUUUUUUUUUUUG